AAUCACUACCAUAUGUGACAAUCAAAUGUGUUGGAAGGGAUGAAAUUGAAACAACCGUUCAACAUAAAUACGGAGAAUCAAUAGUGAACACCAAUCAGUUUAAAACAACAGGAACACCCAUCAAAAACAGAACAACUCAAAAAAAUCAAAUAAAAUGGCCGCCAAGAUGAUCAUAUUCGCCGCAUGUGUGGCUUCCGCUCUCGCUCAAUACUCCGCUCCAGCUUACAAGCCAGCGUACUCAGCGCCCGCUUACUCAGCACCAAAGGCUUACGCUCCAGAACCCACAUACCCACCCACCCCGUAUAACUUUGAAUACAGCGUAAACGACCCACACACCUACGACGUGCACAGCCAAUCCGAAUACAGCGACGGAUACGGCAACGUUAAAGGAACUUACAGCCUUUUGGAAGCCGACGGUUCCACCCGCGUCGUCGACUACACCGCUGACUCCUACGGUUUCAACGCUGAAGUUAAGAAAAUCAAUGGAGGUUACAAGGCCCCAUACAGUGCACCGGCCUACAAGCCAGCUUAUUCUGCACCCACAUACGCUGCACCAGCUUACUCAGCACCCGCAUACUCUGCACCAGCCUACAAACCAGCCCCAUACAAGACAUAUUAAAAAGUCUCAAUCCAUUUUUAAGCUACGCCGCUGUUUAUGACUACCAUCAAUAAACCACUGUCAUAUUCAUAAUAAUAACUUCGUUACCUGUUCACAAACCAUCUUUUUGUCAUCCUAGUAUUUAUUUUUGUAAAUAAAUAGUAAAUUCAAUUGUA